AUGAGUUGCUUGCUGAGAAUUGAAUGGAACGGAACUUUGGCUAGAGCUAAUGGAAAAUUGGCUCUUGUUUGGGCAGCGAAUGCUUCACUUGCAAAUCGGAGUGCUUUUCUAGUGACCGUGCCUCAACUCUUUGACGGUAUGGCCAAUGAAAACUUGUACAAUCUUCUUCCGACUUUUGCAUCCGAAAUUCCCAUUCAAGAGUCACAAAAUGAAGUCUGGUAUAUAGUUGUUUUCCCAAAUGAUGUGCCUGUACAUGUUUUGAAAGGAAUGUAUUCGGAUCCAAUCAACACUGAGUGCUCAUAUGAUCUCUACAUCCUUUCACCGCAUAUUACGUCAAAUCAUACGGAUCACUUUCUCAUGUCGAUUAAUGAGAAUAUCUCGUUUGUCGAUUUUUAUCUCGAAAGUCGGGUUUACACACUGAAAGUGCCAUCCGGAUGCUCUCCAAUUGUGACCACUGAGCCAACAAAUAUCACUUUGUCAGAGCGAAUUGUGAAGCAGAAUCUCUGUUUGGGAACCACAAUCAUCACCACUUCCGGAUACCUCAACAAAUGGAGUCCCUUUGAUGAGGCAGUUCCACUAUCGCACCAAGUUACUUGUGACGACGUUUCAUCUCUUCUAAUCAAAGUCAACAUGCAUGCGCUUUUCGAUGGAACACUCACACUCGCGUUUAAUGAUACAACUGAUGGAGAAAUUGAUGAGAAAAGCAUUUUGCCGGGGGAUUACCCCCUGGGUUACGAAAUAAUUGUGAGCAAUGCUACAAGUGUUAUGGUGAGCUGGGAGCCGCCUGAAAAUGGAUCAGUUCAUAACGAAACGCAGAAUGAAGCGGGCGCCUUUGUUUCGGUUUACAUGGAAGAAGCUGAAGAAGAAUCACCAAAAAAGCUCUCAUCGAAACUUUGGUAUUGGCUUGGACCACUGAUUGGGCUCCUCGCCAUGACGCCAUUUUUUUACAUUGGACUUAAAACGGGGCUAUUCCACCGUCUGUGUUGCCCUCAAGUCCCAUCUCAGGAGAGAUGGGUAAAAGUGUGGUCGAAAUUUGAAUGGGAUAUGCAAUUGAUUGAAGACGGUCGAGAUUUCUGGGAAGUGUCGGCGACAAGCUUACAAAUGUUCGAAGACACGCUUGGUGAGGGAGCGUUUGCCGUCGUUUACAAAGGCUUUCUUAAAGGAGUGCCACCUGUUGCAAAAAUCUAUCCAUCGCUUCAGGCAACUGAGAAAGAAAAAGAAGAAUUCCUGGAAGAAAUCGAAUUCAUGAAACAACUCGAGUAUCAUCCGCACCUUUUAUCGUUAGUUGCGUGCUCAACUGAUCCAAAGUGUCCGCUUAUUGUCACUGGGAUUUGUGAACUCGGCGAUUUGUUGAGUCUUGUGCGGAAGAUCAAUCCCAGUCAAGAAGGAGUGGUAAUGGAUGAUUCCUUGGACUUUAAUGAUCUGGUACCGGUGGCAUGGCAAAUCAGUGAUGCUUUGACCUUCCUCUCGAGCAAAAUGAUCGUUCAUCGAGACGUGGCUGCCAGAAAUAUUCUUGUGACAAAGAAGAAAAUGGCAAAGCUCUCUGACUUUGGCCUAUGUCGAUCGAUAAAAGAAACUGAUUUCUUCAAGUCUUAUGGAGAGAAAUUGCCAAUCAAAUGGAUGGCGCCCGAGUCGAUCGAAUCGGCUUGUUUCUCGACAAAGAGCGAUGUCUGGUCUUUUGGAAUUCUUCUCUUCGAAAUGUAUUCCUUUGGUGAAACGCCCUAUAUGUCAAUGGAUCCCACUGAUGUUUUAUCGUUUCUGGAAGAUGGAAACAGAUUAGAACUUUCAGAAUCAACUCCGAAAUUGAUAAGUUCUCUCAUCGAGAGUUGUUGGUUGGAGGAACCGACAGAACGUCCGGAUUUCUCGCACCUUCAAAAGCAAUUCUAUCAAGAGAUGGAAUCGAAUUCCGAAAAAUAUGGAUAUCUUCAGUUCAGCAAAAACUACUAUCGUCAAGAACCAGUCAGUGAUUUGGAUUCAAGCAAGCCGCAAAUGGAUUUCCAUUUC